UUACUGAGAGGUAAAAUGGCUCAGAGAGGAAUUCAGCUGGAGAAAGUCUCUUGUUCCAUCUGUUUGGAUCUACUGAAGGAUCCAGUGACUAUUCCCUGUGGACACAGCUACUGCAGGAACGGUAUUAAGACCCACUGGGAUGUAGAGGACAAGAUGAGAAUCCCCAGGUGCCCUCAGUGCAGGAAAACCUUCAUUAGAAAGCCUGUCCUGGAGAAGAACAUCCUCUUAGCAGAGUUAGUGGAGGAUCUGAAGAAGACUGGACUCCAAGCUGCUCCAGCUGAUCACUGCUAUGCUGGACCUGAAGAUGUGGCCUGUGAUGUCUGCACUGGGAGGAAGAUGAAAGCUGUCAAGUCCUGUCUGGUUUGUUUGACUUCUUACUGUGAGAAUCACCUCCAACCUCACUAUGAUGUCACUGGAUUAAAGAAACACAAGCUGGUGGAGCCCUCUAAAGAGCUACAACAGAACAUCUGCACUCCAACCUCACUCAUCCAGAAAAGAAGCUCUGAUGUGAAGCAGCAGAUCAGAUCCCAGCAGGAAACUGAAGUGAGUCGAGUCAAAGAUCUUCAGGAGAAGCUGGAGCAGAAGAUCACUGAGCUGAAGAAGAAAGAUGCUGAGCUGAAGCAGCUCUCAAACACAGAGGAUCACAACCAGUUUCUCCACAACUACCCCUCACUGUCAGCACUCAGUGAGUCUACACACUCAUCCAGCAUCAAUAUUCGUCCUCUGAGAUACUUUGAGGAUGUGACAGCAGCUGUGUCAGAGCUCAGAGAUAAACUACAGGACAUCCUGAGAGACACAUGGACAAACAUCUCACUGAGAGUCACUGAAGGGGAGGUUUUACUGUCAGAACCAAAGACUAGGCCUGGUUUCUUAAAACACUCACAAGAAAUUGCUUUAGAUCCAAACACAGCAAACAGGAAGCUGUUAUUAUCUGAGGGGAACAGAAAAGUAACAAGAGUGGAUGAAGAACAGACUCGCCCUGAUCAUCCAGACAGAUUAACUUGUUGGUUUCAGGUUCUGAGUAGAGAGAGUCUGACUGGAUGUUGUUACUGGGAGGUGCAGUGGAGAGGAAGAGAAGUUGAUGUAGUAGUUUCAUACAAGAAUAUCAGCAGAGCAGGAAGAUCAGAUGAAUCUUUAUUUGGAGCCAAUAACAAAUGUUGGGUUUUAUAUUGUAACACAGACAGUUACAGGUUUUAUCACAACAACAAUCUAACUCCAGUAUCAGGUCCAGUUUCCUCCAGAAUAGGAGUGUAUCUGGAUCACAGAGCAGGUAUUCUGUCUUUCUACAGCGUCUCUGAAACCAUGACUCUCCUCCACAGAGUCCAGACCACAUUCACUCAGCCUCUACAUGCUGGAAUUGGGAUUUGUAAUGUUUAUGAAUCCUCUGCUGAGUUCAUUAAACUGAAAUAAUCAGAACUGUUCUGAGGUCCAGUUGGUUAAAAUGUGUAUUUUAGUUCCAGUUUCUUUAGUCUCCAUCAUUGUUGCUGAGAGCUCAUUGUUGUGUCAUUUCUUCACUGCUCAGAGAUCAACUGUCUUUAUGGAGCUACUUUGUCAUCUUGUUGGUUGUUUUGUUGGAGUUUGUUUGGGUGCUGCCCCUUCCUGUUUCUGUUCAGUCAUGGAGGCUAUCACUGCUCAGGAGGAUUUUAUUCACCUUAACUAAUUACAUUUACAUUCAUUACUUUGUCAGACCAAAUGUUGUUGUUGUUCAAAUCCAUGUACAGAUGAGCUGAUGGAAACUAUAACUAUCAUGAUCAUCAUCAAUCAGGACAUCAGUCAUUAUUUUAUUGGACAAACAUCAGAUUCUGGAUCAAACUGAUUGUAAAACUUUAUUAAAAAGAGCAGAAAACUAUUCUUUAUCAGAGUUUAUUGUUCUGUUUUGAUCAGAUAUAUGGACACAAAUAUUGUCUUUAAAUUUGUAUAGUUUGCAACAUUUUCAUUUGUGCAGACAAGUGAUCACACCCUUAAAUUGUAUUAUUAUAUCCAACAAUCUGUGGCUGUAAAUGGUUUGUUUAUUGGAAACUUUUAAAAACUUUGUAGAAAUCCUUAAAAUCACGUCAGGGUUUGAUUGAAAUGUGAUGUCAGUUUUCUUUCCUGUAUUUAACUC